UAUCUUUCACCUCCAAACUUUCUUCCUUUCACACGUGCAACUCCUUUUCUUCUCUUCCAAGCCUUUCUUUCUCUCCUCCAAAUUCAAAACUUCAACUUGUACCUGCUGCUGAUUACACUGAAGAAAAAGAUACAAGAGGGUAUCUUUUUUAUUUAGCUCUCUCUAGAACAGUGUUCAUGGGUUGCUGCUUUAGUGCUCCUCCAAAGAUCAAAGCCGAGAGCCCUCCACGUAAUGGUUUGAAUUCAAAGGAUGGUAGCAAAGAAGAGAUUGAUCCGAGUGUUUUAAGCGGCACGGUGUCGUCUUCAUCUAUGCUUCUAACUCCUCAGAAUGAGGUUGAGAUAUUGGAAGCCUGCAAUUUGAAGAAUUUUGCAUUCAAUGAGCUAAGAACUGCUACAAGGAACUUUCGUCCAGAUAGUAUGGUAGGUGAAGGUGGGUUUGGUAGUGUGUUUAAAGGGUGGAUUGAUGAGCAGACACUUGCCCCUACUAAAGCAGGCACAGGAAUGGUCAUUGCUGUGAAGAGGCUUAAUCAAGAAAGCAACCAGGGACACAUUGAAUGGUUGACAGAAAUCAACUACCUGGGGCAGCUCAGUCAUCCUAAUCUUGUGAAGCUAAUUGGUUACUCCUUGGAGGAUGAUCACCGGAUUCUGGUAUAUGAGUUUGUGGCCAAGGGUAGCUUGGAUAAUCACUUGUUUAGGAGGGCCUCUUACAUUGAACCGCUCUCUUGGAACAUCCGUAUGAAGAUUGCUCUUGAUGCUGCCAAAGGGCUUGCAUUUCUUCACAGUGAUGAAGUAGAUGUAAUAUUCAGGGACUUCAAAACUUCUAACAUCUUACUUGAUUCUAAUUAUAAUGCAAAACUGUCUGAUUUUGGGUUGGCAAAAAAUGGACCAGAAGGUGACAAGAGUCAUGUUUCUACAAGGGUGAUGGGCACCUUUGGCUACGCUGCUCCUGAGUAUAUUGCAACAGGUCACUUAACGAAAAGGAGUGACAUAUACAGUUUUGGAGUUGUGCUUCUGGAACUUAUGUCGGGAAAACGUGCACUGGACAGCAACAGGCCGAAUGGAGAGCAUAAUCUAGUUGAAUGGGCGAAACCACUUCUGAUAAACAAACACAAGAUCUCCCAAGUCAUGGAUGCACGUAUAGAAGGCCAAUACUCUAAGAGAGAAGCAAAGAGAAUAGCUCACCUUGCAAUUCAAUCUUUCUUGAACUGCAUUGGGUCGCUCAGUGCUGUUCUUCGUGGUAGAGUGGUUAAAGGGGGAAAACAUGAUCAGGGCUUAGCGAUUUUUGUGGAGCUGAAGGCAUCGACUUUCGAAGGAGCUCCCCGUUUUUGA